AUGUCGAUCAUCUCAAAGUUACAGCAAAACCUCGGGCACAGCCACAUAGCAGCCCACCCAGACUUCACCCACGACUGGUGCAAACAACUCCUCGCCAACCCGGACAUCCGCUGGAACACCGUCACGGACGAGAAGAACGCCAGCAAACCGGACAAAGUCAGCAAUACCAUGUUCGAGUAUACGCUCUACUCUGAUCGCGGCAUCCGGUCUCAUCUGUCUUUUCGACGGCCGAGCAAGGAACCGGAGGCGGUGGAUGGUUGGGAAGCCUGCUUUCUGCUCUCCAUUGGCGAUGGCGUGGAUGGCAAGACUGGCCGAGCGCAUGGCGGUUUCAAUGGGGUUAUUUUGGACCAUAUAUCUGGCCAUAUCGCUCAUAAUGCCUCGCCUAACCCUAUCUCGCCGGCUACUGCGACCAUGACGAUUGACUACAAGGCCCCCGUUAGCACGCCGUGUGUGGUGCUCGCUCGAGCGUGGUUGAUUGAGAUGUCCGGGAGGAAAGUGUGGGUGAAGGCUAUCCUGCAAGAUGGGGAGGGAAAGGCGUAUGCUACUUCCAAAUGUCUGUUCAUCCUGGCUCGGGAGCCGAAGAUGUAG